CCAACAGGAACCAUUAAUAAAUAAGAUAACCUCUUGGCCAUAAUGUCAACCUUCAACCCACUACAUUUAAAAAUCUUAUAACAAAAAACAAAUGAAAGUUCAGACACUUUAGGGAGUGGGGUGAUACUGGACAAUGUUGUGACACUCAUAGCAACCAUUUCCUUUAGUCUCUUCCAGUGCUUCUCACCUGAAAACCCACUGCGGGCAUACCCACCUGCCAAAAAACCAACCAGAGAUAGAUACCAAAUGUGAAAAUACAGAUUCCAAUUUACUGAUGAAACUCUCUUUCUUUGUUUUUCUCAUUCAUUUGUUCAUUCAUGGCCAAUGUGACUCUGAUAUUCAUAUACCUUACCGAGUCACUCUUGCAGUCCCGGCGGAAUAUAGCACGAGCUUCAUAGGGAGGGCUUUUCUGAUGGAGACUAACCAAAUGGUACCCAGCUUUAAAGCUGCUUUGAGCGUCGAAGCUUUGAACCAGAAAUAUUCAUGUUCCCUAGAUGUUUUUCUUGGAGAUGUAAAAGUGUGGAGUUCUGGCCAUUUCUCACGAUUCUACACAUCAGAGAAAUGUGUGCUAGAGCUAACUCAGGAUGGAGAUUUACAAUUGAAGGGUCAGAAAGAACGGCUUGGAUGGCGAACAGGUACUUCUGGACAAGGUGUGGAGAGACUACACUUACUAAGUAUGGGUAAUCUAGUUUUAGUUGAUGCCCGGAACCUCAUAAUAUGGCAAAGUUUCAACUUCCCAACCGAUGUGAUGCUCUGGGGCCAGAGACUGGAUGUGGCAACUCGCUUGACAUCGUUCCCCAUCAACUCAAGUUCAUUCUAUUCCUUUGAAAUUCAACACAACAAAAUUGCAUUGUACUUGAAUUCAGGUAAGUCAAAGUAUUCUUACUGGGAAUUUAAGCCUUCCAAGAACCGAAAUAUUACCUUUGUUGCAUUGGCUUCUAAAGGUCUGGAAUUAUUCAAUGAUAAACACAAAAAAAUCGCGCAGAUCCUACCACAAGGACUUGAACCACUGCAAUUUUUAGCAGUGAGUAACAAAACGGGAAAUAUGGAGCUCUACUAUUACUCACCAAGCAAGGGCAAGUUUGAGUCCUCCUUUAAAGCACUCAACAGCACAUGUGAUCUUCCUCUAGCAUGUAAACCCUAUGGUAUAUGCACCUUAUCCAAUGUGUGUUCAUGCAUCCGAUUUGUAACAAGAGAUAAACUGGAUUCUGAUUGCAGUGAAGGAAAUCCGGGAGGGUUCUGUGGCAAAAAUCAAGUGGAUUUGCUUGAGUUACAAGGUGUUAGCAGUGUAUUGAGGAGCGAUCCUAAUAAAGUUAAUGUUAGCAAAGAAGAAUGUGCAAGUUUGUGUAUGGAUGACUGUAAAUGUGUUGCUGCAUUAUAUUCCUCUGGUAAAGAUGAUACAGAUUUACAAAAAUGCUUUCUAUAUGAUAUGGUUAGGGGAGUUAAACAAGUCAACAAGGGAACCGGUUUGAGUUAUAUGGUUAAAGUUCCAAAGGGAGCUGGUGGGGGUCAUGGGAAGAGUUCAGGUAUCAAAAAAUGGGUGUUGAUUGUGGUAGUUGUGGUUGAUGGAUUGAUUCUUUUUCUUGUUUUGGGAGGGAUUGGGUAUUAUGUAAUCUGGAAGAGAAGAAAGAACUCUGUGGAUAAUGACAACAACUGACGUUAUAAGAUUCGAUGUUUUAUGUGAGAUUUCAAUUGCAGACAACAAAUUUUCUAGUUUAUAAAGCCAAUGGAACUCAAUUUGGAGACACAGGUUUUCAAUGAAUGAAAUUGUGCAGUUACAUCCAAUAUCUGCACAUUCCAACAGUUAGAACCAAAUAUAUGGCUAUUUUGAAAUUUAUUCUCCUCAAACAAUCAACUCAAACGAAGCAUUCUGCAACACAAGUUUUUAGUGAAGGAGGAUAAGAGCAUUCGCUGUGCAAGGCAGAACUCAGAUGUAAGCAGAAGGCAAAAGAAAAGACAUAGGUAAUGAAUGAACGAACUCUAAUCCCCAAUCAUCAGUCAGGAAUCCUCCUUGUCCAAUUUAACCGUGCAAUUCAGAGGACUAGGGCAGAAAUAUAGUGUGAACCCCGAGUUUUACCUCCCCUUUUCCCCUUUUAGUGUGCCCCAUUUCAAAUGUUAUGUAAUUUUCUGUCAUACAUAAAUGGUUGAUGUGUUGUUGACAGUCAGAAAAGUAAAAAAGAAAAAGAAAACGAAAAGAAGUCACCUUGACAUACCACAAAAGAGAGAAGUUGCAUAUUUAAUUAAAUAUUUAAAUAUACUUUUAAUACGUUUUACA